UGGGAAAUUGGUCACAUCAAUGUAUCUGAUCAGUUUUGGCAAUACCAGAAAGAGAUUGUUAAGAAGACAGAAAUAGAAGGGUUGAAAUACGAAAAUAUAUACAAACUAUUAGCUUUAUCAUCGAUUAUUGUCCUCUCCUGGCCAUACAUUUUGUCAUCUCUUAAUGAAGCAUCGUUUAAUCAUUUUCUUGAAAAAGACGCAUUUAUGGAAAGUGGAAACUCAAAACUAAGUAGAUUAACCAGACCUUUAAUAUGUGAUAAAUGGUGUACGAUUUUGAAUUCGGAAUUUAAACCUUUGGGAAGUACACCACAACGAAUGAAGGACAGACUGAAGGUGCAAUUAAAGACUCAGAAAUCCAUUAAUCAGCAAUUACAAAGUAAGGAAGGUCCGGGCGAAGCCGUAAUAUUUUUAAAUAUAGAAUGUAGUAGAAAUACUAUACCAACUGAACAAAUGUCUUUUGUGCGUAAAUUUCCAGAUUUAUCACAAGUAAAGAAAUUGAUUCAUUAA